AUGGUCCCAUCUGACAUGAUAAGUACGAACUACACGGCUCCUUUGGGGAUGCUCUCCAAUUCCACGUCAACGUCUAUCUCGGAGCUUGCCAAUGAUUUGAUAACGACGACCCAGUUGCUAACAGCAGAAGAGGAUUCUUGCAAUGAACUGAAUACUUCAUGUGUAUGUCACACAGAAUAUGCAAGCUAUGAAGGAUUGGAAACCCUUAUGCUCGGUCUGAUAGCAGUUCCGAUUAUAAUGUUUGGGAUAAUGGCUAAUGUGACGUCGAUGCGCAUCUUCACACAUCGAAUCAUGUCCAGCUCGUCCAUCAAUUGGUAUCUGGCUGUGCUCUCCGCUUCCGACACUCUGAUUCUUGUUUCCGCAUUCUUCGUUCUAUCAUUGCCACGUUUCGGGGAGUAUCUAAAAUGGUGGAGAGCCAAUUAUAUCAGCUACUCGGUGACCCCUUACAUGUACGGAUUAAUGAUGACUGCCCAAACGUGCAGUGUCUUCAUGACUGUUGGUGUCUCUGUCCAUCGCUACAUCGGAGUUUGUCAUCCAUAUAAGUCUGUAGAGUGGCUGCCCAAGAAAAGAGUUACCUCGUUUAUAAUUGGACUUCUCACUUUCUCGGUCCUCUUCAACACCACUCGCUUUUUUGAGGUCCACAUCUCCAAUGUUUGCUAUCGGGAGAAUAUCGACUACUAUAUGCCGUCUCUUCAACCGACAGCUCUUCGAUUGGACGAUUUCUACAUUCAAAUAUUCUUCGGCUGGGCUUAUACAAUUGUGAUGUACGUGAUUCCAUUCACUCUUCUAAUUGCCCUCAACUCGAUGGUGCUGGCUGCUGUGAGAAGAUCUAGACGGAUGCAUAUGGUCUCUCAGUGCGGAGCUGAAAGUGAAGAGUUCUCGAAGAAGGCAGAAAGAAAAGAGAGACAAACAUCAAUUAUGCUCAUUGCCAUUGUGCUUCUUUUCAUUUUCUGCAAUACUUUGGCUUUCGUGUGCAACAUCAUUGAAAACAUGGGAGGAGAUGGACCACUCUACAGGACUUUGGUUACGACUAACAAUCUUUUGGUUAUAAUCAACGCUUCGUGCAAUAUCUGUGUCUACAUGUUAUUCUCCGACAAGUACCGAAUGCUGUUGCGUUAUUAUCUCUACUGUGAUUGGUCCCGGCAAGGAGAACUUCUUGUUAGUUCGGUUCUUACUUGA